AUGGCCGUGCUUCGCGUUUUCUUACUGGUGCUCUCUGUGCUCAUUGCCGCCGCGCAUGUGGUCUCCGCUACAGCGCCGAUAUUCGAAUCUGAUCCUGCGCGGGAUGUUGGCAUCUUGGCGGCGGACGACCUGUCCUCCCCAGUGGCAGUCAAAGAUGCGUCCAUCUUACCACUGAUGCAGGAGAUCCGACGGAUGCUCAAGGGGAAGGCGGUCAAGGUGAAGAUCGGGCCGAGUGAAAUGAAAGCCAUCGCUGAGGUUGGAAAGGAGCUUUCGAAGUAUUCUAAGAAGGAAUGGGAUAGGGUGGUGAAAGACAAAAAGAAGCAAGCGGAAAAGCUGGAGAAAGGGUGGGAGGAUACCAAGAAGGCAGCGAAUGAGGUGAAGCAGGGGUUUGAGAAUGGGGAAGGUGCCAGGAAGGCAGCGGACGACGUGAAGCAAGGGUUCGAGAAGGCCACAAACUUCUUUGGAAAUCUCGGACGCAAUCGGGCGGGCGGCACGCUGGCGGUGAUGCAGAGGGCAGUGGCCGCCCACUGCUGGAGGGCUGCCACGUGUAGCGCUCUCAUUGGCCGCCCACGGCCCCGACCUUCCACCCUGGCACAGCUGGUGCAGACGCUGUCAGAGCGCCAGGCCGCCCAGCGUCUGUCACAUCUGCGCGCGCUCAUCAGCCACGCCUCUGCCCUGCCUGUGGACCUGCGCCCAGAGAUCAAGACCCUGCGCCGCGCUGUGGCCCGCCUGGCAUCGCGCCUCAAGGCUGAUACCGCUGCAACUACUCCUCCUGCCACUCAAUCGCCUCCUCCCACCGCACCACCCACUGCAUCGCUGCUCACCGCACCCUCUCCCGCACGCACAGCGACGCCUCUGGCUGUAGCAAAAACUGUAGCGCCGUCAGGCAAAGCAGUUGCGACAGCACGUGGGGGAAUCGGCACCGCAGGUGCUGCCUCGGAACUGAAGGCGUCCGGGCUGAAAGGCUCUCGCAGUGCCAAGCGGAAGCUGGCAGCAGGCGGGGAAGGCAAGGCAGUGCGUGUGGGUAAGGGGAGAGCAGGAGCAGUGGCUGUUGGGGGUGCAGCAGAAGCGAGUGUGAGUGUUGCUCCCAGGGCUGCAUGCAGUGUGGCGACCAGUGGUACUGCCUCCGCUGCCACCGCUGUCGCUACCGCUGCCACAGUUGCCUCAGCUGGCGCUGGUGCCACGGCCGCAGCCACCAAGGGCAAGAGGAGCCCUCGCCCCCUGCACGCAGCGGCCCUGCAAGGAGGCAGCUGCAUGGCCGUGCCUGCUUGUGCUACAACCUGCCCCCGUGGCCCGACUGUAACAUACGAGCCUGCCCCCGCCUCCUGCAUCACCUCACCGCUUCUGCCUGCCUGCUCCUCCCUUCCUCAACCCACCGAUCCAUCCCACAUGGCCUCUCGCCCUCUCUCCCCUUCACUCCCUGCCCCCCCGGCCACCUCCCCUGCUGCUGCUCCUCUGCCUGCACCGCUGGCAUCGCCAGCUGCCUGCCCGCCUACCCCAGGGGGUGAGGCAGGGGCAGGCGUGAGAGUGAGUGGGAAGAGGAGCAGGUCCGUGAGGAAGAGGAGGAGAGAGGGAGGGGAGGGGAGUGGUGGGGGAGGCGGUGAGGUGAGGGCGGGAGACAGCAGCGAUGGCGAUGGCGAUGGGGAUGGGUGUGCUGGCAGUGCGGGAAGUGCUGGUGGGGUGCAGCGCAGCAAGGCAGCAGCAGAAGAACAAGCUGCUGUGCUGCUAUCAGCUGAGUUAGCCGCCGUCGCUACAGCAGCAGCACGCACAGCAGGAAGCAAUGGAGUAACCGCAACAGGAUCCACACGAACAACCACAGCAAGCAUACGAGCAACAGCAAGAGCGCCUCAAGAUGAUACACUCGCGAGCCGUGGAGACACAUCACAGCCCGCUCUCUCCUUCCCGGUCCUCAAGAAGCGGCGCAGCGACCGACCCAAGGCAGGUGCUGUCAGCACGGCCGAGCCACCUUGA